UUGUUCGCUUGUUCCCAAAAUACCGGUAGUUAAAAAUUCAGGUACACCGUAACAUGGUUGUUGUUAAAGGUAUAUGACGGUCCUUGUAAGCCGUAGAUGUCACACACAAGUGUUACCGGUUCGUCCGGCUCUUCCCGUCCUUGAGGUACCGUCAUUUUAACGUGUCAUUAUGUGGGUUUUCGGUUACGGCUCCCUGAUCUGGAAAGUGGAUUUUCCGUACGAGGAGAAGAGAGUUGGUUACAUAAAAGGCUUCAGCCGUCGGUUCUGGCAGGGCAGCACCGACCACCGGGGGGUACCGGGAAAGCCCGGCCGGGUCGUCACUCUAACAGAGGACCCUGAGGGGUGCGUUUGGGGCGUUGCCUAUAAGCUGCCAGCGGGCCGGGAGCAGGAAGUGAAAGACUACCUCGACUACCGUGAAAAAGGUGGCUAUCAGGUCAUCACGGUGACCUUCUACCCCCGUCAGGAGUUCAGCCACUCGCCGAGCUCGACUCUGCUCUACAUCGGCUCUCGGGGCAAUCCAGACUACCUCGGCCCCGCUCCCCUGGAAGAUAUAGCCAACCAGAUCCUGAGCUCCACCGGCCCGAGCGGGAAGAACACGGAGUACCUGUUUCAGCUGGCCGACGCUGUGAGGGCUAUCAUGCCCGAGGACCCGGACAAACAUCUUUUUUCCCUUGAAACUUUAGUGAGAGAAAGGCUUCAAAGCAAAGAAAAACAAACAAUGGGAAUACAUUAACUUAUUAUGAAAUCAAACUUGAUCAGGUAUUUAAUAAAAGGAACCCUAACUGGUUGAAACAUUAGACAUCAUUUGAUAGACUUUCACUUCAACUAACAAAGACUGUAAAAAUGCUGUAGGCUGUUUAGAUUUUAUAAAAACGUAAAAAAAUAUAAAAAUUUAUUUAAAUUUUUACUUCGCAAAGCAUACUGUGCAAAGGGUGACUUUUACUAGGUUCUCUGCUUGUGCAAGCCUUUUUUUAAAGAUUAAUCUUGGAUAAUAUCAGAUGAUCAGCCCAUUUUUAAAUGAAACCAGAGAGCGUUGACAGAGAGGAGAAUGUAGAAAUGACUCAGCUUGAAAAUGAACGUAUGGAUGGAGGACAAAAGAGCUACUUCAUGGAAGGAGAACCUCUGUUUAGCCUGUUAGCUUUCGCAUUAGCGCCCAAAUAUUUAUAUAUGCAUAGGGCAAUAUAGUGUA